GGUCCGUCUGCGUCGAGUGUCCGAAAGUUCCGGGGGCGGCGGCGGUGGCGGGGCAGCCGGGCCGGAGGCGGCGGCGGGGGGAGGUGAGGUGAAGCUGAGCUGAGCUGAAGAUUCAGAGACGCCAAUAGUUCGCAGAAAUGAACAUUGCAAAAGAUGGCUCUCCCAUUCCCUUCGGAGCCCGGAGUAACAGGGAUCAUUGGCUGACCAAACGCACUCCGUUAGCAGUGAUGCCGGUGAUGAUGGAGAAGUCGGGCUCGGCGGGAAUUCUGUCCCGGGGAGCCAGGAUGAAGGGCUUGAACAACGGGAGCAACAACGGGAGCCAGCACCUGCGGGAGUCGGAGGAGGAGAGCAGUGACGAGGAGCAGUCGCAUGCCACCAUGUCAGUCGUCUCCAUCGAGUGGAAGAAGCGGGAGCAACAUGGCCUGCACGACAGCAUGAUCCGGGUUGGAUCCGACUACCAAGCCGUGGUCCCGGAGUGUCACCCAGACAGUGCCACGCGCUUCAUUGAGAAGGAUGCUAAGGGCAUGUUGGUCUGGUCUCCCAACCACAACAUCUCGGAUGCAAAGCUCGAUGAGUACAUCGCGAUGGCCAAGGAGAAGCAUGGAUACAACAUCGAGCAGGCGCUGGGGAUGCUCCUCUGGCACAAGCACGAUGUCGACAAGUCGCUGGCUGACUUGGCCAACUUCACGCCUUUCCCGGACGAGUGGACCGUCGAGGACAAGGUCCUGUUUGAGCAGGCCUUCAGCUUCCACGGGAAGAGCUUCCAGCGCAUCCAACAGAUGUUACCAGACAAACUCAUCUCUACUGUGAAGUACUAUUACUCCUGGAAGAAGACGCGGACCCGGACCAGUGUAAUGGACCGUCAGGCACGCAAACUGGUGCACAAGAAGGAGCGGGAGGACAGCAAUGACGAAGCAGAGGAAGUGACGGUCCAGAUCGCAGAUGACAGUGAUUAUGAGCCCGAUGUGAAGAGGGAGCGCCCCGGGGAGCAGAAGCAAACGAAUGGGAAGUCAAUGGCGGUGAAGAGAGAAUCGCAGAGCAUCCAGUACAGGCACCACCCACCACGGGCCAAGAGGCGACCGCCCAAGGACAUGUACCUGAGCCCAGAUGAGGUGGCUGGAGUCUCGGCCAACCCCAACGCUGCCACCAUCGCGCUCCGACAGCUCGACUCCCAGCUGAUCUCCAUCAAACGGCAGGUGCAGACGAUAAAGCAAAUUAACAGCUCGCUGAAACAGACACUGGACGGAGGGAUCGACAAACUGCGGCACCAGAGCUCGAAGUGGUUUGUGUGGGGGAGGUCCAAUCCGAAACUGAACUCUCGAUGGACAACAGAGGAACAGCUGCUGGCAGUGCAAGGAAUCCGCAAGUACGGCCGGGACUUCCAAGCGGUGGCGGACGUGGUUGGCAACAAGACCCUGGCGCAGGUCAAGAGCUUCUUUGUCAGUUACCGGCGCCGUUUCAACCUGGAAGAGAUCGUGCAGGAGUGGAGGCAGAGCAGAUCCCUGUAUACAUCAAUGCCCCUGAGGGUUAUGCCUUACAUUAGACCUCCCAAAGUCCAAGUGACUCCGGUUCCUGCUGCUCCGGCUCCAGCCCCUGGCCCCUCCCUCUCGCAGCCCCCUCCGCUGCUGCGCCCCUCCCUCCCCGCCGCCCCCCCGGCCCUGCACCGGCAGCCCCCUCCCCUCCAGCAGGGCCGCUUCCUGCAGUCCCGCCCUGUGCUCAACCAGCCGCCCCCUCCUCUUAUACGCCCGGCCGUGGCAGCUCGGCACAGCCCGCGAGCAGCCCUGCCCUCGGUUAGUCCCCCAGCACCUGCCCACUCUGGUGGGCAUCGGGCUGGAGCCCCCGCCCUCCUCCACGCACUGAGCCCCCCACCGGCCGGAAGGAGGUGUUGGGGGGGGGGUGGGGUGGGGGAGCAUUAGCACAAUGAGUGGCCCCCCCCUCCUCCCUCCCGACCGCUCGGGAACUUGGCAGGAGAUGGGGUCUACCAGCGAUCGAUUCAGCAGAGAACCACCAGGAUCUUGCGUCGCGGCUGCGAUCGACCGCCGCCCCCAUGGCUGUGACUCGCCUCCGUCCUAGGCGCUCUCGGCACAAGUCAACCGGGACCCUGGCGUUGCACCCUCGACCUCCUGGGACCCUCGCACCUCACCGACGGUAGACCCUGAUAUUGCACCCAGGAUCUCCCAGGACUCUGUGCAUCGCGCCCUCCAUCUCCCGGGACGCCUGAGCAUCAGCCGCACCCCCAGUCGAUCGGGAAGCAUGGACAUCGCGCCCUCCAUCUCCCAGGACCCUGACACGGUGGCCAGGAUCGCACAGGUGCAACUUGAGUUUUAACGCUACGUUUUUUUCCUCACUAAUUUAAAGCUUUAGAUUUUAAAAAUUGGAAAUAGAGUUUUAACUUUUUUAAAAUGUGUGCUUUCAGUGUGUGGGAAUCUUGGCCCUCGUUCUGCAAACACUACAUGGCAGCGAUCUGCUUCCUUGGAGCGGGUACUUUGAGCAUGGGGCAGGGCCUGGGCCCCUCCUGUGUUUCCUGCUCACUUACUGGUUCCAGGGUGGCCGUGAGGCGGUGCUGACCCGCGGUUGGGCCCUGUCGCGCUCAGCGGUUCCUCUAACGAAGCCUCCUGGUUCCCUGGGUGUCCCAGAUGGUGCAGUGGAGGGUGAGGGGGAACGGCAGCCCUCUGGUCUCGGGACUGGUGUGGGUUUCUGACC